ACUACAUCGAACAGUGCUGGCUGGAGAGUGGAAGCGUUGUGUUGUGUUUUGUUCGUUGCUCCGCGUUCGUUUAUCAUUCGAUAUUUUACUUGGGAAGUGUACUGCCCAAAUGAAAAUUAAUCACAGUUUGGCGGUAGUGAUCGAUUCGGCGAACUGAUUAUCGUGAUUUUAUGUGACUAGAAGAUAGUUUUUCAGACAAUGUAGAACGUGUAGAUUUCGUGCGCAAGGAUUACAUCACGGUUUGCUGCAGUCGGAAUAGCAGAUUUCAGUUUAUAUGGUCUUGAGUAGUCUCUCGGGAAAACAGUUCGCGCGUUGUGUAGAGUGCAGCAGUAAUCCUCCCGGAAAACGGAAAUGAGCAUGAGGAAAUUAAUGUGGAAAUUUGAUUAACAUAUUCGGGAGCAAGCAGCUCUGGCAGAUGCACCGAAAAUACAAGUGCAAUGAGUGAUUUAUAAAUACGGAAAAUUCAAUGAUAGAUGAAGAAGAUUGUCGGGAGUGUUUAGUUCUGUGAAUAUAAUCAUUUGAAUGUGCAUAAGUCUCGCGAGUAGCACAGAGAACAGAAUCGCAGAAGCUUAUUUCACGUUUCAUUCGGGAUGUGAUUGGAAUUUGUAUACAAAACUCACAUAGUCCAGUCAUGCGAGUAGAAUGUUUUGACGCCAAUUCGGAAGAGUAACGAAAAACCGAAUUAAGAAACUGUUAUAAACAAAAUUGUGAUUUAUAGCGAAGCGGAUUUUUCCGUCGGAGUUUAUCGCGAGGUCUGCAAUCGAUCAUUUUUCUCGGCGAUCGAAUGAACUGAAAACACCCAAACGGCAACAAGGCGAGCUUGUGAUAAUUGAUGAUUUGACAGUUCGCAGCUCCGAGGUAACACAAUCCUUCGCUCGGAAGUCCGGGAGGAAUCGCCCGAGGGGAUUAUUAUUUAUUGAACUCCCUGUUUGCUGGUGCUCCAAAAACGGACGGAGAAACGGCGACAAGGACAAAAGGGAAAUCUGCCAAAAACAAAAGAUCCAUCGUUCUGUGCUGGACGGGGCACAAUACGAAGCAUAAGAAGCGAAAAGAUCGGACCGAGCAGAUCUUCGUUUACCUCGAGAAAGGCCCCGGGAGGGUUGAGUGUGAGUGUAUGUAACAAUAACCGGCACCGAAGCUGAGAACAAUUCUUACCUUCUUCGCCCGGACUUGAAUCGAGGUUUGGCUGCUGCUCCGGUGUCUCGGUGCUGCUCUGCUCACGUUUCGAGUCUAGAGCCUGCCGAAGGAGGAGUACUGCGGAGGAACACAGACGCCCGGGAAAGAUCCAGACAUGGCGCCGAAAUACAGAAAAAAGAAGGCAAAUGCACGCCCCCUACAAUGUUACUGCGAAGGCCACUGCCCGGGAAAUUUACAGAACGGAACCUGCGAGACUCGGCCCGGUGGAUCGUGCUUUGCCACAGUGCAGGAAGUAACCGAUGAGGAAACGGGCCUAACCGUACCGGAAUGGAGCCACGGAUGUAUGCCGCCGGAGCAGAAUGGGGGACUAUUGCAGUGCAAAGUCGGUGUCCAAUCUCCGCAAAUCCACGGCAAAUCGAUCGUCUGCUGCGACACAGAAGACUUCUGCAACAAAGAUCUCCUGCCCGAGUACGUGCCGAAAACAACCACCCCGCCCCCGAUGUCCAACGUGACCGGAGACAACAUCUAUCACACCCUUGCACUGUUUGCAGUCGCCGUGGUUUGUCUGGCGGGUUUUAUAGCGAUCGUUAUCGCCAUCUACGUGUUUUACAAAAAGCGCGAGAAGAGGAAACCUCACUGCCUGAUUGAUUCCUCCUGCAAUCCCAACCUGUCGCCGUUGGCCGAUUUGGUUGAACAAAGCAGUGGAUCCGGAUCGGGGCUACCUCUUCUGGUUCAGCGGACCAUCGCAAAGCAAAUCCAAAUGGUACACUCCGUCGGAAAGGGACGAUACGGUGAGGUCUGGCUAGCCAAAUGGCGUGACGAAAGGGUUGCCGUUAAGAUCUUCCACACCACCGAGGAAGCAUCCUGGUUCCGGGAGACGGAAAUCUACCAGACUGUGCUGAUGAGACACGAGAACAUUCUUGGAUUUAUUGCGGCCGACAUCAAGGGAACUGGCUCGUGGACGCAGAUGUUGCUCAUCACUGACUACCAUGAGUUGGGAAGCUUGUACGACUACCUUCAGAAACGUGUGCUCAAUCCACAUAUGCUUAAGACUUUAGCCCUAUCUCUUGCGUCCGGACUGGCUCAUCUCCAUACAGAAAUUUUUGGCACACCGGGAAAACCAGCCAUCGCUCAUCGGGACAUAAAGAGUAAAAAUAUUCUCGUCAAACGCAAUGGACAAUGUGCGAUUGCUGAUUUUGGCCUCGCGGUUAAAUAUUCCAGCGAAUCAGAUGAAAUCGAAAUUGCCAAGAAUACUCGCGUGGGAACGCGUCGCUACAUGGCACCAGAAGCGCUGAACGAAACCUUGGACACCACAGUCUUCGAGAGCUUCAAGCAAGCCGACAUGUACUCGCUGGGUUUGGUCUUCUGGGAAAUGUCCCGUCGCUGCAUCAGCACCAUCCGCGGAACAAAGAACACAACUUGCGAGGACUACGCUCUGCCGUACCAAGAUGUGGUUCCAUCUGAUCCCAGCUUCGAAGAUAUGUACGCAGUGGUGUGCGGGAAGGGUGUCCGUCCACCCAUUCCACAGCGAUGGCAAGACGAAGAAAUACUCGUAGUAUUGUCCAAGAUGAUGCAGGAAUGCUGGCACCCGAAUCCGGCCGUCCGAUUGACAGCUCUACGGGUGAAGAAGACCCUCGUCAAGCUGGAGACAGACUGUUCGAUUAAGAUAGUUUAAAUGACGAGAUGUAGAGCGAGCGCGUGGUGAACGUCCGACGAUUUUGAAAGGAAUUCGAAUGUUGUAGUACGAGAAUUGAGUGUUUUUAUUUAUUAUAAAAUACUGUUUUAGUUUUCGCGUCUUCUUUAGAUAUAAAAUUUAAACUUAAGUUUUCGACGUGUAGCAAUAAAUAUUAAGCAUCUUGGUCGAAAAACAUUGUUGGAAUAGUAGUGAAAGUGAAAGAUAAUCGAGUUGCCAUAAUGCAUUCAAAUCAAUUCAAGACAAAUAAAAUGAGCAAGUUAAUAAAAUAUAGCAAAAUUUCGUCACUUCUCAAUUUUGAGAAGCUUAUAUUGUAAAUAGAAAUCUCUUGUUUUUUGAUCGAUCGUAAAAAGUACGGUCGCAUUAUCGACUGCAGCAUCCGUUCAAAAGAAAAAAAAAAGAAUUAAACUUGUCCACACCCUGACGGUUUGUAUUAUCUAUUGUUACUAGCUUUAACGUUUUGUGAAGUGAAAAAUGCCAUAUAGUUGUAAUUUAAAGAUUUCACCAAAAUGUGCGAUUGAAAAUAUUGCAAAAUUCGGAAAAACUAUAGCUCAGUGAUUUUAGAUAGCAUACCCCAUGGCCUGCAAGCGCAAGGCCAUUCACGACAAGGAAGUGCCCAGAGAUUAAAAUAUGCCUUAUUUUAAACAUUACAAAAUAUAAGUAGCAAGAACAGCAAGGAGGCCUUACAGUUUUACAUUUGCCCUGGUAGACUUCUUUACAUGCUUUUUCAUUGAACUCACAAGUCCAACAAAAACAAUGAAAAACAAAAAUCCCUUUAUUUUUUUAGAAGGGAUCAUUCUACACUCUAUCAGAAGUGCUUCUGGUUCAGUUUCCUUGCGAUGGAAACUUCCAUGCAAUGCAAUUCUGUAAAAAUACCAUGCAUAAGGGAUAAUCCAUGAUUUAAGUUAUGCAAAAAAAAAAUCAUUUCCACUUCCGCUCAUCUUCCUUUGUACGUUUCUGCAUGUAUCAUUCUGGAAACAAUACCCCGGAAAGCGUGACAUAAUUCAUGGACGUUAUCUUGUAGCAUAUUGUACAUACAAAAUUGCUUUUCUUCUAACUGGGGCAAGACAUUUUUACGAUGCUCUUUUAGUUAUUAACAAGAUUUCACACUGUACUGUGACACGUCAUAAUGUCAACGUUAGCAUUACAAUCGGUGAUCGUUAUUGUCAUCUGUAAAUAGAAAUUAAAAGUAUGGAAGCCUUUAGGAAUAAGAUUUAUGCAAAAACGACGGCAAAAGGUGUUUCUUAUAAAAUUAUUCUGUAUAGAAUACAAUCACCGGCAUGCGAUAUGUGGGGAUUAUUUUUAGACGGUAGUGUUUUUAGAUGAAUGUUUAUGUCGUAUGAUAUGCGAAACGAUGUGUUAUUGUAUUGGAAGUCCGAAAGAACAAUAUGUUGAUAACAAUAAAAAUGCUAUAAAAAUUA